AUGGCGGGAUAUCCACAAGUGGAGCGCCGUUUCUCAGCCCGGCUGCCACAGCAAGGCGGAGCUUCCCAACGGGCCGCGAGCCCAACUGGGAAGGCAACUGCGACAACCUACGGGCCUAGCAAUGCGGCCAAUCGAGCGCAGGCAAGAAAGCAGCGGGUUUCGGCGGAGCAGCCUUGCCAACCACGUCAGGGGAAGACGCCCCUCCAGAAGAGCGCAUCCUUGCACCCUCCCAGCAGCCCGUCGGGCGCAUCCAUGAUGAAGUCUCAGUCUGCAGCCAGCUUGGAGAAGACGAGCACCGAUCGACCCACCCCAAAGAUCGCGGUGGCGACCACCUUGCAAAGGCCCUCCAUCCCUGCAACCCGUGGACGUGACCCACAAAUCCCCAGACAGCACUCCGUCCCGGAGAACCUCCGCGAAGCAGCGGUGAGGCUCAUGUCGCCUCGACGCUGCCGCUCGAAGUCUCCGGAUGGAGUGGCCUAUUCUCCGGUGCUGGGUGACCGAGGUGAGAAGCUCGAAGUGCCAGAGACUCUGGAGGUGCGCCGUAGCAGCAGCCGACCUAGCCUGCAGCCCCGGCAGGGCAGCAGCCGACGCUUCUCCGCACUGAACCAACCUUCCAAGGCCGACCUCGGCUCAAAUCCCGUGUCUCUGUCCGCCACACCAGUAACCACUCCAUCGCAGAAGAGAUUCGCGCUUCAUAGGUUUACAGAGGCGCAGAAGGACAUCUUUGCCAAAGCGCUUCGCGAGAUUCGGGCUGGCAGAAAGAGCAGCUGCUGGAUGUGGUUUGUGAUCCCCACGCCGCCCCAUGUCGUGCACGGCGUGGAGAAGGGCAGUUCCGUGAACCGGAAGUUCGCCCUGAGGUCGGAUGAGGAGGCACGGGCAUACUUGGCCUAUGAGAACGAUGGAGUAAGCUUGCGCCAGAACUAUCUCGCCAUGAUGACCGCUGUGCGAGAUCAACUGAGGGCCGGGAAAAGUGUUCCAUCUUUGAUGGGCCAGUUCGAUGCUCCAAAACUUGCCAGUUCAGUACGGUUGUUCGAGCGAGUCACUCGAGGAAGCGAUGACCAGCUUCAUAGCGUCCUGCAGGAUGUCAUGGCCUCCAUGGCUUCCCAGGCUUAG